ACCAUCCCGAAGGUACUGAGCAAUAUUUAGAAGAAGAAAAUGGACCCCGAAAGCAGAACCAGAAAUAUCCACUUGUAUUUAGCGAUAUUGUUGGGCGACUAUGAAGAGCUUCGGCAAUGUAUUGUAUCGGGGGCGGAUGUUGCAGUUGCAGACCCGUUCGGCAAUACCUUCCUCCACUAUGUCGCGAAGCUUGGGCACUGCACAGUAGCCAGAGUGUUAGUAGAAGCCGGGGUCGACCCCAACGCUUCGAACAGAGCGGGACAGACACCUCUCCACUAUGCGGCAAGAGCAGGAUACGAGAAAAUGAUUCGAAUCUUACUCACAAAUGGCGCCCACAUGCGCGUUAUGGACCGCAGGGGCCACACGCCGUUGCAGAUUGCAUCACAACGCCAAAGAGAUAAAGCCACGAUGGUGUUACAUAAGAAUAAAACCACAGACACAAAGAUCUAUCGUCCAAAACGGCUAAAUAGCAUGAUCGACUGCGAUCUUUUCCAUAAGUUGGACGCGCUUGUGGCGACGGGGGAACGGGCCACGGUGCUGGACUUUCUUGGCACGAAGGACAUACACAAAGCAGUCACGGAAGGGGAAGUACAUCAAGUGAAGAAAUUACUGGAGAACGAACAAAAUGUCCAUAGGAAAAGCCACGACCUGUCUACACCUCUCCAUUUUUCUGCUUACGGAGGGAGCAUCGAGAUCGUAAAAUUACUCCUGGAAAAAGGCUCGGACCCCGAUGCAGAAAACGUAACGGGCGACACACCGCUCCAUCUUGCGGCCAUCAGUGGCAAGCUCGAGGUCAUACAGUUACUGGCAAACGCUGCCAACAUCAACAAGUCAAGCGCCACUCACGACAAGCUUUUACAUUAUGCCAGAUAUGAGGCAGGAAAUCUUGGGCAGGGUGUUUUGGAUGUUUCGCUCCUCUCCCCAGAGAGAAAUACACCGCUCCAUUUUGCGUGUUUGGCUGGACACGUCGAAGCAGUAAAUAUUUUGCUGGAAAAGCAUGCUGACACUAAAUGUACCGCUGAAUCUGGCCACACACCUUUACAUUAUGCUUCUCUCGGGGGAUAUACAAAAAUAGUUCAAAGGCUCAUCGAAGCUGGAGCACACGUCAAUGCAGUUGACAGACGGGGUUGUACAGCACUGCACUACGCUGCCUCAGCGGGACACACUUCACUUGUGGAAGAACUUGCAAGACACGGGGCAGACGUGCAGCUCCUUACAGACGCCGGGAAAUCUGUUCUCCACGAUGCCUCCUUCUACGGGAGACUGGACUCCGCCCAGAGCCUGGCAGGGAUUCAACCUAAGCUCAUCGCCGUCCGAGACAAGUUGAAGCUCUCUGCAGAAGACACCGCUCACAUCCGAGGUCAUGUACAGGCAGCCUGGUGGCUCCAGAAGCAAACGGAGGCAGAAUCCGAUUUUGAAACUUUUAACCACAGGACGAAAGUGUGCAAAGAGAACAUCAACGACUAUGGCGAAAUAAGCUUGAAGAUACAGAGCGCCAACCAGGGAAAGAAUGCAAGCAUCUUGGCAAGCAGCGUUGACUUCGGUCUGUUCGAGAUCCACUUCCAGGACCGGCAAGGGCGGACGCUCCUCCACGCGGCCGCCGAGCAGAACAACCUUCCCAACAUCAGGAUCCUUUUGGAGCGAGGCGCCCUGCCCACGGCUCUCACCUUCAACGGCAAGACUCCCAGCGACCUUGCCCGCGAGAAAGGUCACUUGCAGGCUUACAAUAUGAUCAGUAACACGAAUAUUUGCGAAGCAGGAAGUCCUGAAGAGCUGUUUGUAGCUCUGCUUAGCCUGAUAACGGAGACCGCAUACUCCAGUGCCGACGCAGCAACAACACCCCAUGACCUCGAGUCCACGGACGCCAGCCCCAAGGGUCAGAACCCGUCGCUGUCGGCCGUGAGGAAGGCAUCGUCGCUCCUGACCUCGGGCGCCCCCCUCGAGCCUCCCGGGUCCCACACCUGCUACCCGCUUCACCUCGCCAUCACCGCCAACUGCACUCCCCUCCUGCCCCUCCUUCUGGCCGCCGGGGCGCCGCUCACGGCCACCAGGGACGGCCUUGGCCCGGUGCAGCUCGCGUGGCUCACGCCCGACAUCACCACCUGGGUCGCUGUGCUGGUCACCAGGGCUGUCAGAGACCGGAUAGCGAUGGAGAUGCAGCCCCUGGAUGACGCCCUUCAGGCAGCUGCACGGGCGCUGCUGGAGGCCCUGGACGGAGAGAGGCCGUGGGAGGCCGCGCUCGAGCGCCCCGCCGGCUCCUCGGACUCUCUAGACGCGCUGCUCUUCCGCGCAGCCAGGGGCGGGGCCUCCACUCUGGCCUGGUGGAUCUGGAACAGCGGCGGCUCCGCGGUGUCCCGCCACCACCAGGACGCCACGCCCCUGCACGCUGCCCUGGACGGAGGGCAUCUCGGCACGGCCAGAGCCCUCGCCCUCCACAUGGGGGGGAACCUCUUCCUUCCCGACGCCGACGGACGACUCCCGAUCAGCCUGGUGCCAUCCCGUGCAGACAAGAUCAUCAAGGAAAUGAUGGCUCGUGAGUACACCGUGUUGGAGCAAGCUAGGGAGGAGGCCAGGAGUUCCGCCAGUCGAAGAGAGGUUCUCGAAGUGACGUUCGUCCUCUUGGUCCUGUGUCUGGAGUUCAACCCGCAGGUGAAUUCUCCCGACUACGAUGACGAGCGCUGGAGGACCGUCCUUUCCUGGGUGCUGUCGCUCCACUCUCUCGACAAUGAGAUAUACAAAGAUAGCGCGGCGUGGAUAAAAGAAAUGAUUGACACGUUUAGGAAAAUAUGGCGAGAGGUGCACUCCUACCACGAGGAGGACAAGCCUAGUUGUUACAAAUCUCAUCUGGAAUUAGUUAGAAAGUUGCAUUCCAGGUUCUGGACUCACCUUGAUGAAAUGAGUGCCCUUUUUGGUGACACUGAUAACAACACACAAGAAAAUUAUAUUUGUGAACUGCUGAAGAGGGCCGUCAUCAAGUCAUGUGAGAAAGAUAUGCCUCUCUUCUUACACCUGCUGACAUGCGUGGCUGGUGCCAACGUUAGUGAGAUGAUUGACGAAGUGUGUGGAGGAUUCCCGCUCCACUACGCAGCCCUUCACAACAACAUGUCUGCAGCCAGGUACAUUCUGAGCCAAGGAGCCUCACCGAGUGUGCAGGACCGCUUCGGCAACACACCUGCCCACUACGCGUACAUGUUCGGGCACCAGGAGGUUGGGGACUUCCUUAAAACUGAUAUAAAGAACAACAAUGGCCUUCCUGCUGAAUCUAUGCUUAAAGGGUACAACCAUUACCUGAAACUGUAUAAACUGGACUCCAAUAGCCUACAGAAAAGAAAAAUGCAAAGAGACAAUACUGCUUCUCAAAUUAUACAAGAACAUUUACAAACUCUAAAGAGAAAGUGGAUGGAAUAUAGCAUAAGUCAAGCUGUCCUAGAAUGUCAUGUAGAUUUUACAAGUGGUGAACCUCGUGAAAUUAAAAAAUCUGUUUCAGAAUUCAUACAUCAGUUGAUACUUUCAAUUACUUCAGUAAAUCCAAUGUACAAAGGUGAUUUGCACAUGCUAGGGAGUUCAGGAGACAAUGUUCGAUUAUUUUGCCCAGAUGAGUUUGACUUUAAUAUCAUCAUACAAAAUAUGAACAUACAUUUUCCUGUGACAUGGAAAGGAGACUUAAGAGAUGGAUCUGUGAAAUUAGAUAAAGCUUUAAAUGACCUAUUGCUGGACCAUUUCUAUUGCACAGUGAGGCAGAGUCUUGUGAACUGUGAGCCUGAAGACAGGCGACUGGCCAUUGUUCUGCCGGGAGUGAAGAAGACUCAGGUGGGCGUAUCGCUCAGCCUCGUCUGGACAGGUGAGGUGUUCCCUCUGCUCCUGGUGGAUGUUGAUGUUGUGGCCACUGCUAGAGCCAGUUGGCCACCUGCACUCAGGAGGCCAAAGCUCACACCCUCCACCCUUGACUCUGUGUAUUUGAAUAGCAUUGGCAACAACGAAUGGAGGUUCUCUUUCGCACUGGCAGAAAAUGCAGUCAUGAAAAGUCUGACGGCUGACAAGCGCAGGGUAUUUCUGGCCUGCAAGAUGGUGCUCAGUGCCCUGAAGGUGGAGAAGUGGGCACCGAGACACGUCCAGAACCAGUUCAAAUAUUUCCAUGGAAGAUUCUUCAAGAUUCCCUCGCCAAAGGGCUUCCUCCUCAAGAAUACCUUCUUCCUGGAGCUGGAGGAGGUGACAGAUGAGGAGCAGUGGACGGAGGAGCACUUAGUGGAGAGGAUGACCUCGGUAUUCCGGAGGAUGUGCGAGGAACACACUGACCCCGCCUCGCAGGAGACUUCCUGGGAGCCGGCAGCGGUCAAGGCGUACUUCGCUGGCCGUACGCAGGAUCCAUGUGUCGGCUUCGGAGCGCCGGGAAUCCUCAAGUUUCUAGAAUCAAUUGACCCUGAGAAUUGGAGAGGAUUCGCUCUCAUCCCGAAUUAAGGCAUUCUAAGGGGAACGAGGUAUAUAUCAGGCGCAUUUUCAAAUUUAGUAAAUGUGCCACGUCUACUGGUGCUUAAUAGACUGUGUAUCUACUCAUAGAAAUAAAUAUUAUGAAAAAAUAUGUACAAAAAUAUAUGAAAUAGGGAUUAUAAUGUGUUGUACAAAGUUUUCUGUGGUACUGAUUAAAAAGGGACAAAUCAAAUGAAUCUCACAAGGUACAUUGGGACAUGGAUUUAGAAAACUCCUAACCAUAGUCCAAAUACAGCCAGACAACAACAAAACCGGCGUCACAUCAACCGAGUGCCUCUAGAACAAGCCAAAAUGUAAAAUAAAUAAAUAAAAGAUUUGUAUGGCAAUUCAUUAGCAGGGUUGGGAGAUUGGGAGUGUAUGCACUGUGUAACAAUUUCGAAGAUUUGCCUAAAACAAGGAGUUACAUUAGUUAUAUGCUUUUUAAAUAAUAUUAACACAUUUUAAGAGAUUUUUACCCCAAGUACUUGUAUGUAUAAUGUUUACAAACUAGUUGAAAGAAAAAAAAGUGACAUUGGUUGAAGAGGUAAUUGUUUUACCGUAACCAGUUUAGUACUCAAAUGUAUAGUAUUUUAGUAUGAUAUUCAAAUGCCAAUUGGUAAAUAACAGUCUGUGUAUCAAAUUCAUAAUUUUUAAAUUUGGAGCUCGACGCUAAAAUUUAUAUUACUCCUCAAAGAAGUUUGAUAUCAAGUGGCUAUUCAUGCUAACGCCAUAAUUACACAGCUUAGUAUACUGUUUGCGUAAAGUAUAUCUGACACAUUUCAAGAAUUGCAUUAUAUGAUUAUAAAUACACAACAUAUAUACUGCUUGCGUAAAGUACAUCUGACACAUUUUAAGAAUUGUAUUAUAUGAUUACAAAUACACAACAUACUAUACUGCUUGUGUAAAGAACAUCUGACACAUUUUAUGAAUUGUUAUAUAGUGUUUACAAUCAAUGCCAAAGCAGGGUUCAUAAAGUGUCGACAGGGUUCAAUGAUAUUCCAGCCCUUCCCUUGCCAUUUUAUUAUUUGAAAUUCUAGUUGUCUGUGUAGGCCUACAGGCGGAGGUGGUUCCGCGUUGAUGGGGAGAG